CCCGCCCACCCCUCGACUCUCGACUCUCGACCCUCGACCCCCGACCCUGUCUAUGCUGUCUCGGAUCGCAAACUCUGGGAGACUGCUCCACGGUUUCUGGCCUCGCUUGACUACUGGCAUGAUGGGAGACUCAGUCUCAAAAGUCAUCAGGCGCGAGGACUCCUUACCCGGCCGCAGAGAGCCGCUCAAAGUAGCAGGCAAACAUCAUGUCAAUGGAAAUAGGACUGUUGAACCUUUCCCAGAGGGAACACAGAUGGCUCUGUUUGGAAUGGGUUGUUUCUGGGGAGCAGAGCGGAAAUUUUGGAACUUGACGGGAGUCUAUUCUACUCAAGUUGGCUUUGCUGGAGGCUACACUUCAAAUCCAACUUAUAAAGAGGUCUGCUCAGAGAAAACUGGCCAUGCAGAAACUGUCCGAGUUGUGUACCAGCCAGAAUACAUCAGUUUUGAGAAUCUGCUCAAGGUCUUCUGGGAGAAUCAUGACCCGACACAAGGAAUGCGUCAAGGUAAUGACUUUGGCACUCGGUACCGUUCUGCUAUCUUCCCAACCACUCCAGAACAGGCAGAAGCAGCUCUGAAGUCCAAAGAGGAUUACCAGAAGGUCCUUACAGAAAGUGGCUAUGGUGCAAUUACAACUGAUAUCCAAGAGGGUCAAGAAUUCUAUUAUGCUGAAGAUUACCAUCAACAGUACCUAAGCAAGAAUCCCAAUGGAUACUGUGGUCUGGGAGGCACAGGAGUUUCCUGUCCUAUUGGAAUUAAAAAUUAGUCAAUGCCCAUAUGAUGGCAUUGAGCUUGCAUUUGCUAAUGGCACUGCUAUAGGGUAAUUGACCAGAGGCAUAGCUUUCAAAUUCUGGCUCUAUAAGGGGUUUCUAAACAAAUUAAAUACAAUGAUGCCCUGAUAUGAUGUGAAUAUCUCACGUUGAAUUCUAAUAGUAGCUGAAUUUAUGUGAUUAUUGGAGCUACACUUUCUGGUAUGGGAUGCUAAUUAAGAUGAUUAAGCCUAAAAUGUGAGCAGUUUCUAUCUUCUGAGAGAAGGAGGGAAUGCAAGGGAGAGGGUGAUAGGAAGUUGUUUCUGGUGGGAAAAUCUUUACUACUGCCCUGGCCUAGGCAACAUGCAUUCUUCUUUAUCCUGUGCCAUCAGAUUUGUAAUCAUUUGUGACCAUAAUGACAUGUUUACAGAAAUAUUUCUCUGUACUGAAUACAGAAGGGUAGUUCUGCAAGAAUAGAGCCAGCAGAGCUUUUGAUGCCUGUUACAGGCUUCCUCAUGGCAAUAGAAAGAUCCAAAUCUGCUUUAUGGAUUAUGAUGCUUUGCUUAUAGCAAUGAGAAAGGUAGCAAAUGCAUAAUCUAAUAAAAGUUUGUAGUCUGAAUAAAACCAA